AUGGGAGUGGUCUUCAGUUGCUGGAGGGACAGGAGUUCAGACGAAGAUGAAGCGUUAUUGAGGCAUCAGCAUGGAUACGGUUCAGGAUACAAUGACAAUGAUAACGAAGAGUACAGCUCGCUGCAACAAGAAGAGAGAGAAAGAGAGAGAAAGGCUCGUAUUAGGGACGACCAGCUACGGAAAAUUGUAGCAAAUACAAAUGACAAGCUCAUCGACAUUUCAAUGAUCGAUAAUAGUGGGAUAGUCGUUCAAAGUGGUGAUUUGGAUAUACCCAAGGAUACGGAGGAUAUCAGCGAUGGGAAUGAGGACAAAUCGACUACUGAAGCAGCACCCACCACAAUAACACAACAGACAGCAAAUAGCGAUUUCAUUGCACUGGAUACAAAGACGGAACUCUCGGAUGAAAUGAAACAGUAUCUAAGGAUAUUCCAUAAAGAAAUAUGCGAAGAGCUCGAAGAACAACUCCGCAUAACACCUCCAGGCGACCUGACAAUGGCAUUCUAG